GAACUAUGAGCUGGAAAUCAUAAUGAAAGUGAUAAUGAGGUCUUCACUGGUUUCGAGAUUAAUUAUCUUUUUUGAAGAUAUGCUUCAGACGAGCCGUUGUAAAACAAGGCGGCGUUGCAGUGGCGGUGGCGAAGCAGAUGCGAUCAGUCGACGGAAUUCUGUUACGAAUGCGGAUAUUACAAGGAUUAUGAAUGGCGUAUCUCUCGAAGAGGGAAAACAAGCAUCGUCUUCAUUGUUGCGUGAUACAGGUCAACCCUCGUCAAGCCGGUCAAAAGAGGCGAUUAGCAGCUCUUCGAAAGGCUGCCUAUUGCUCACAGUACUUGUCAUUUUUCUAUUCGUAACGCUCAGCUUCGCCAUCGCCUGUUUUCUCUACUAUCAAACAUUACCUUGUACAUCAGAAGAGUGCGUAAUGACAGCGUCACGUCUUCUGAAACGAGUCGAUCAAAGUGUCGAACCGUGUGAUAACUUCUAUCAGUUUGCGUGUGGUGGAUGGAUAAAUCAAUCUGUAAAUCUUAAAUAUGAUUCCUGGAAUACACUUUAUGAAACUCAACGGACUGCACACGAUCAGAUUGUACAGGCUAUGCAUAAAAUUAACGAUGGUUCUUACCCUCUUCCAACAAAUGCUGGAGAGAGAGCGGCUGCAAAAAUGUAUGAGCAAUGUAUGGAUACUGACACUUUGGAGCAAACAGGCCUUCAUUUAUGGGAACGAUUUGUUGACGAGCUUGGUGGUUGGAUGCCAGAGUUAAAGAACGGAGCAUUGGAGCAAGAAGAGAGUUUUGAAAUUGAGUUGGAUGAAGAUGAGAAGAAGAGAAGACGGUUUGAAAUUGAAGAUAUCAUUCUAAGCGCAUUCAAUUAUUCCGUUUUUCCAUUGUUUUGGGCAGGAGUUGAAGUUAAUUACUUGAACUCUAAAGAACACUUGAUUACGAUCUAUGAGCAACUUCCUAUCCUUCUGGCUCCAGAAAAAUAUCACUAUAACAAAGAACUUACCCCUGAAAUGAUUUAUGGAAAAAUGGAGGGUCCCCCAGUGACAAGAGCUCUGCAACAGGUUGGAGAAGAGCUCUCGGCGGUUCUUGGUUUUGAUUCGACUGAUGAAAAAGUUCGAAUGAUGAUUGCAAAUAUGAUCUACCUCGAGUACCAGAUCACUAUGGCUGGUUCUACUUUCUACAAAGAGAAAAAAGAGCGAUAUACGGUUGUGAUGCUUCGAGAACUUCAAGAAAUUGCGCCAGCUAUCAACUGGCACUACUUCCUGUCGCGCCUCGUCGGUGAAAACUUGUCACACUCGGAGCCAAUCGCUCUCAAAACGGGUACCCAAUGGAUUCCGAUUCUCUCGGCAAUCGUUGAAAAAUUGAAACAAUCCAGAAGUGGAGUGGCGGUAUUAAAGAAUUACGUGAAAUGGAAAACUAUCAUGUUCCAUUUGGCAUAUGCUUCACCUAAAUGUCGGGAUGGACUACUGUGGAUGGCGGUUUCAUUGUACUCAGGAGCUGCUAGUCAAAGAAAAGAGUUUUGUGUAUUGAGAUUGUCAGGAAUCUUUCCGUUGUCAUUGCCAUCGAUCUUGAGGAAAAUUGACGGAAUCGAUCAUACAGAGAAGAAUGUAAAAGCCGUUCAAAACAUUGCCGACCGAAUACAGGAAAAAUACGAAGAAAUGGUCAGAUCCAGCAACUUAUUUUCGGACAGAGAAACUCGUGAAAAUGUCAUUGACAAAGUGAAUAAUAUGACAAAGUUUAUUGGAUUCCCUGAUGCAAUGCGAAGUGACUAUGAAAUGGAGAAGGAAGCCGUUAGACUUCAUGAUACUCUCUUCUGGUCAAUGGUUCUAGGAAGUUCAUCGGUAUAUAAAGAACGUCUUCAAAGAUUGAGACUUCCCGUUGAUCCGAGAAGUUGGGUGGACACACGGCCUGCGAUUUCGGUUCCAGCACAUAAUUAUGAACGAAAUCUAGUGCAGAUUCCAUUCGAUUCGUUAAGACUACCAUAUGCAGAUGAACAUCAAUUAGAUUUCGCCAACUACGCAGGAAUCGGAACAAUCAUUGGACACGAGCUUACCCAUGCAUUUGAUGGACAAGGUAAACUUCACGGCCCAACUGGAAACCUUGGCGUUUGGUGGAGUACCGAUUCAAUUCGAGAGUUCAAAGCUCGCGAGCAAUGUUUCGUCAAACAAUACGCAGGAUUAAUGGAUUCACAUGACAUGAAUGCUGCUAAGGAAGGUCUCUACGAAAACAUUGCCGAUCAAGUUGGACUUAAAGUGGCUUACGAGGCAUGGAAGUCUAACGGAAAUCAGAACAGCGGACGGAUGCCUGGAUUAGAAAAGUAUUCUCAAGAUCAGCUUUUCUUUUUGGCCUACACUCAAGGAUGGUGUGCUCUCAGAUCAAAGAGCUAUAAGUUACAACCACAUAUGGAAGAGAGAAUACGAAUGCUUGGCUCCCUACAAAACUCUCCAGAGUUCGCGUCAGCGUGGAAAUGCUCAUCGGAGAGUUUUAUGAAUCCGCCCGAUAAAUGCUCCAUUUGGUAGAUUAUAUAUAUUUCAUUAUCGUUAUUAUUCCAACCCCUUCCUCAUCAAAAACUCACUCAUUUGCACAUUCUUUAUUACUUUUUGAUCUCUUCUUCAUAUUUUUGCUAUUACUCUUUUCUUUUUUUCAUUUUAAUAUUUGGUUGUGUUCGCUUAUUCAGCUGUUGAUCACCUUCAAUCAUUCCUUUGUUUUUCCUGACAUUUGGGUUCGGAAUUCUAAAUUCUGAAUCUGCAAAAAUUCCUUUAAUAAUACCUCAGCUUUACCCCCUGAUUCCCAUGAUUCCCCACUGACCAAAUGCCGAGUAGCAGGUGUAUUUUCUCCCAUCCAAAUGUUUUUAUUUUUAUUUUUUCUUAUUCUGCUAAUCGAAUCUAAUCUUUGAAUCUAAAUCGAAAUCCUAAUUUGAUUAUUUUUACUUUUUUUAAAAUAUUUUGCAAACAUCCGAUUUUCUCUAGUCUCUCUCCGUACUCUGUAGGAGUUCUUCACAAAAAACUCUUCUCCCAACACAUUUUCCGAUCUCCAUGUCUUCAUUUGAUGUUUCUUUGAUAUUUUGAUUGAUGACAACUAUAACAUCAGUUAAAGAAUAAAGUUAAUCCGACAAAU